AUGUUAUCUGUUCAUUUAGAUAAAACAUGUAAAUAUGUCCUUAAAUCAGAAGCUCAAUAUUUAAUCAAAACUGAUUCUCAUCUAACUUCGAUUGCAAUUGGAGAUUUGAAUGAUGAUGAUUUAAAUGAUUUUGAUACUUCAAAUUCUGGUUCAAAUACUAUCGGAAUAUUUAUGCAACAAAAAGAGAAUUUCUUUUCGAAUUCUAUCUCCAUUGCUGAUUUCAAUCGAGAUAACACAUUAGAUAUCGCUGUGGCAAAUUUUGGCACGAAUAAUAUUGGGAUUUUUCUUGGAAAAGGAAAUAGAACAUUCAUCACAUGGAAAUUGAUUUCUCUUGAAAGAUCUCGCCCACGAUGGACAUCUAAUGAAGAUCUAAAUAAUGAUUCACUCAUUGAUUUAGUUACAGUUAAUAUGGAACAAAUGAUAUGA